GGGAAGCUUUGGUUGGCUGGUGGAGUCACGUGAGGCGGAGGUUGCUGGCCAUUGACAAUAAACAUGGAGUCGAUCUUUCAUGAGCGGCAAGAAGGCUCACUGUGUGCUCAGCACUGUCUGAAUAAUUUGCUCCAAGGGGAGUAUUUUAGUCCUGUUGAGUUAUCCUCUAUUGCACAGCAGUUGGAUGAGGAAGAAAGAAUGAGAAUGGCAGAGGGAGGAGUGUCUAGUGAAGAAUAUAGAACAUUUUUACAGCAGCCUUCAGUAAAUAUGGAUGAUAGUGGAUUCUUCUCCAUUCAAGUUAUAAGCAAUGCCUUGAAAGUUUGGGGUUUAGAACUAAUCCUCUUCAACAGCCCCGAGUAUCAGAGGCUUGGAAUCGACCCUGUAAAUGAAAAGUCAUUUAUUUGUAAUUAUAAGGAACACUGGUUUACAGUUCGAAAGUUAGGAAAACAGUGGUUUAACUUGAACUCUCUCUUGAUGGGUCCAGAACUAAUAUCAGAUACAUAUCUUGCACUUUUCUUGGCUCAAUUACAACAGGAAGGUUAUUCCAUAUUCGUAGUAAAAGGUGACCUGCCAGAAUGUGAGGCGGAUCAGCUAUUGCAGAUGAUUCGGGUACAGCAGAUGCAGCGACCAAAACUAAUUGGAGAAGAGACAGCACAGUCAAGAGAUCAGAGAUUACCCAGAAGUGAUGUGGACCAAGCAAUAGAAGUUAACCAUCCUUUUGAUGGAACAGGCAUGUUAGAUGAAGAUGAAGAGAAUUUUCAGAAAGCACUAGCUCUGAGUAGGCAGGAAAUUGAUAUGGAAGAUGAAGAAGCUGAUCUUCGCAGAGCCAUUCAACUCAGCAUGCAAGGUAGUCGUCGAAGUGACUUCCCAGACUCAGGACGACAGAAUGUUCCUCAGUUGCCCCACACCAGUCAGACUGACUCCCUUUCUUCAGAAGAACUGCGAAGGAGAAGACAAGCAUAUUUUGAAAAGCAGCAACAACAGCUGCAGCAGCAGGAUCGGACUGGUAAGGUGCAGGAUAAGCCAAUGCCAAGCUCAAGCACUCCAGAAGCUGAUUCAGGAGGUGAUAUGAGUGAAGAAGACAUGCUUCAAGCAGCCAUGAAUAUGUCUCUGGAAUCUGUUAGAAACCACUUGAAUACAGAAGAGGAGAAAUGACAUAACUUCUAUUUUUCCCCAUUAUUGUCAAUACACUAAAUCUCCAUUAACAUUUUACUGUAUGGAUGUUGCACAAGCAGGGUUCAUUUCAGUUAUGGAAGCAGGGCUGGAGGUCAGAGAUUAGAGGGAAUCUGCAAAUGCAAAAAAGAUUGCACUAAUCUAGAAAACUGUAGCACUCCUACCACAGAACACGUCUUCACAAAAGUAGCUGUAUUAAAAUUACUUAAACUUCUCACUCGAACAAAGUUAGACAAGUGUAGCAGCUGUGACUUGCAUUUAAAAGGCAAGUUUGAAUUGUUUUUGAAGAAUUCUGUGGAAAACAGAUAAGAUGCCAAAACCCAGCUGAUUUUUCUUCAGUACUCCUGGAAAAAAUAGACACAAGUAAUGACUUGUGCUCAUAAAUAACUAAGCUCUUCAUAAGAAAUCACUUAAAAUGGGAAAAAAUCAGAAUUUAAUUCUGAGAUUAUUAUUUUUUUCGGUGAUUGUCUAUUCUGAAUGACUUAAGGUCAACUUCUCCAUCUUGCUGUCCACUUUUAAAAUGACCCAUUCUCCACGAGAAACACCCAAAAAUUUUUAAUUGGCAAUUCAACAGAAAAAUCUUCAGUGUGUUGUUGAUUAUGAAGUUGCUCCUGAACCUUUCAUUGACUUAUGGCCUUCUAAGAUUUUCUGGGUUUACUUUCGGUUCCAACAGUAAAAUUUUCAGAUCUGUGUUAAAGUAGAAUUUUUUUCACUGGUCUGUUCUCUGUUGGCAAAUAACUUUACUGUCUUUGUUUUGUUGCUUGUUUGUUAGACUUUUUGGGGGGUUUUG